AUGAUCGUGAUGGCGCCCAUAGCCCAGGCCGUUACCGUCUCUCUGGAAGACCUCAAGAAAGAGAAGCUCGAAAAUGAGAAGGCAAAAUACCUGACGGGAUGGUCCUUGGGCAAGGAGACCCUGAAGAAUGGCCAAGUGGACACUCUCAAGGGGUCGUUUUACGCGAACUGUGCAUUCUAUGUCGACCCAUCGCUGUCCUGCGCGGUACCCACCGAGGAGUUCUCGGAAGAGACCUUCCCUGAAUAUCUGUCUCCCAACAUCUGGCCAGAAGAAGCAACUCUUCCUGGCUUCAAGUCCGCUCUUGAGGACUUGUGUCGGCUCAUAAUAGAUGUGGCCGUGUUAGUAGCAGGUGCCUGUGACCAGUUCGCUGAGAAGGAGAUACCAGGAUAUCCAGAGGCCUACCUCCAGCGCAUGGUCGCAUCAUCCACCACAACCAAGGCCCGGCUUCUGCAUUAUUUCCCCGAGGAAGCGGGUGCUAGCGCGGUGAACGGUGACAGCGGUGACGAGGAUGAUUGGUGUGCCACGCAUCUGGACCACGGAUGUCUGACUGGCUUGACGUCUGCCAUGUUUGUUGAUGAGAGCAAGACGAAACCAGUUGCUCCGAAGUUCGAGCCGUCAGUACCACCGUCACUUCGUCCACUUGAUGAGCUUCCAGAGUCACCAGACCCGGCGGCAGGCUUAUAUAUCAAGUCACGGACUGGCGAGACGGUUCAGGUCAAGAUUCCCAGGGACUGCAUCGCGUUCCAGACGGGAGAGGCUCUGGAGCGGAUCACGGGCGGGAAGUUUAAGGCAGUUCCACAUUUCGUCAGGGGGGCGCGCGCUGCUUUAAGCGAUGGGAAGAUCGCCCGCAACACCCUGGCCGUCUUCACGCAGCCCAACCUUGGCGAGGAGGUUGACAUGGAUCAGCACAUCACGUUUGGCGAGUUUGCGAGAGGAAUCGUGGCCAAGAACACGGUCUCCUGA